AUGUACAAGGGUGACGAGCGGACGAGGACCCUCGAAAUCAACAUCGACAACCUCCCGUACACUGUCUGGACCAGCUCGGGCACGACCACCGACUUUGAAACCAUUGAAGUCGACACUAUGGGGCGAUGGAUCGAGAUUGUCGGGGUUCUCGAGGACUCAGAGUGGCUCAGCAUCAUGGAGGUGGAGAUUCUGGUCGACGGCGGUGUUACCGAUACCGAUGAUGUUGUCGAUACCACGGAGGUCGAGGCCGGCUCCCUGGGAACCGUCACGGCCACGUCUGCCCUGUUCGAUCCCAGCCUCGGCGACUCCAAUGGAUGCGAUCCCGCCGGAUGCACGGCAGAACUGACAAGGGAUGGGGACGUCUCCGACGAAUCCAGGUGGUCUUGCGCCCCCUCGCUCGGCGGCACGUGCAGCAUCUCCUACGACCUCGGGGCCGUCUACGACCUCUCCGAGCUCCGCCUCGCGUUGUACAAGGGGACAACCAGGGUCAGAACGGUCGAUGUAACGGUCGAUGGUUCCCUCGCCACCACCUGGACCAGCUCGGGCACAACGGACGGCUUCGAGAGCAUGCAUCUGUCGGGAUACUCUGGGCAAGUCGUCACCGUCACCGGCGUCCUGGACAGUUCAGAGUGGUUGAGCAUUACAGAGACGGAGAUCAUGGUGCUAUCGGACGGCGUCGUUUCGCCGCCCAGUCCUUCUACGACCACUCCGGCUCCCGUCUUCGCUCCCGUCGCCACCCCGAGCCCGACUCCUACCGUACCCACCCCCGAGCAACUAUUCGCCGCCAAAGAGAUCGAUGAGAUCGGUGCCGUCACCACCACCGCAACACUGUUCGACCCCAGAGUCCUCGCUGACGAUGGAUGCGACCCGUCAGGGUGCACUGCGGAUCUUACACGGGAUGGAGACUACGCAACGAGCUCCCGUUGGUCCUGCGCGCCCAAGCUGGGGGGCGAUGGCGACAGCUGCACUAUCUCGUACGACCUCGGGCAGGUGUACAACCUCGCGCAGAUCCGCUUAGCCAUGUACAAGGGCGACGAGAGGCAGGUGACAGCAGAGGUGCGAGUGGACGGUGUCCUGGUGACCACGUGGACCAGCUCGGGCACCACGGUCGGCGCCGAGAGCAUCUUGUUCUCCGACACGACGUCGGGGCAGGUGGUAGAGGUGACCGGCGUGCUGGGAGACUCGGAGUGGCUCAGCAUCAUCGAGACCCUGAUCUAUGUGUGGCCGGACACCGCCCCCACGCCAUCCACCACGGGGUCCACCCCUGCCCCCGCCCCCGACACCCCUGUCGGAGAGCUUACGGCGGUGGGUCUCCUGCCGCUCGCGGACUGCACCGGAUGCUUCGGAGAGGACCUUCCUCCGUUCCACUCGAAGGACGGGGACUUCUCAACCUCGUGGACGUGCGUUGGGAGCAGUGAGUGCACCCUUCGAUUCGACCUCUUCUCCUGGCGCCACAUCAAGCAGGUCAAGAUCGCUCUCCCUGACGGUGCCGAGCGGGCGGUCGACAUGAGGAUCGCGGGCCGGUACGAUGAUGAGCUGGCGGCAGCCUUUGCGGAAGCCUACGUAACCAGCUCUGGAACGACGGACGAAUUCGAGACGUACGACUUCGACGUCUUCACGAACGAAAUACUCAUCUCCGGUGUUUUUACCAGCGACUCACAGACCAUCAGCAUUUCUGAGGUGGAGUUCAUGGAAGAGCUUCAGGCGGGCGAGAUUCAAAUUUCGGAGUGGGAUACCCCGUUGGCGGACGCCCGCGUGGACGGGCCGACGACCGACGCGUUCGAUUGGACUUCUGACUCCAACGAUGCCAUCGGUCGGACCGUUGAUUUCGAGCUCGCCUCGUACGCCAUGGUGGAUGCGGUUGAGAUCAAGUUCCCCGUCGGGGAUACGUACAAGUUCGACCUGGAGCUCAACGACGACCAAAUUCGUGGCGAGAUUCUGAAAACGAUUACCGGAUUCGAAAGCGCGGAUACCGCAGACUGGCAGUCCUUCGACCUGAGCCAGCACCUGGACGCCGACCAGUUCCUCACCGAGAUCAAUAUCGUUGUCCAGGGCACAGGCUCCGGGACACCUGGCUUCGCGAUGCUCGACUUAAGGGUCAUGGGAACAGCUAUCGACAACCCUACCGACACGGUGUAUGUGGGCUCCACGUUCAUCGAGCGCUGGACCAGGCUCACGGACCGGUACCCGGACUUUGUGGCGGAGGGGACCGGAGACCAGAAGACCAUCAUGGAGGCCAUCUGCACCGUCAAGAAGGCUUCCUUCGACGGCGUGGACUGUGUCGGGGGAGAUGACGCUGCCACCGGCACGGUGGUCCUCCCACAGGGCAACUGGUAUGUGGACGGGAACAUCUUCAUGAAGUCGGGUGUCUUCCUCGAUGGCAGCUUUUCGGAGGACUCGCCAUACUUCACCGGCAUUAUUCUGGAGGAAGGAGCUGCCGGCAAAACGGACAUCGACGCAAUGCUUGUCAUGGAUGGCAUUUCCAAUGCCAUGACGGACAACAUUUGGAUCCGUGGGCACUACGACCCGGACACCAGCAACGACACUCCCGCCGUCCCCGGCCUGGGAUCGACCGGAUUGUCUGUUGUCGGCAGCACGAACAUCACGUUGCUGGACGCCGAGAUCCGCUUUAUCGACGGCGACGCCUUGGUUGUUCGCGACUCGAACAUGAUCAGCAUCGAUGCGGGCGAAUACGAAGAGCUCUACACCCCCUGGUCCCUUGCUUCAAGCCGAGGCACCGGGCUUAUCGUGGACUCUUGCGACUCCAUCUACGUUCGCCGUCACACCCUCUACGAGAAUGGCGUCGCGGGGAUCCACAUCAUGGGGACCACCAACUUCACCUUCGACGCGACCAUAGGCGAAGAGAGCAACGUUGGCGAAGGCAACGUCGGAAACUUGGACGGGCAGCAGCCGAUCGACGUUAUCAUCGAAAGCUCGACCUUGGUGACCUUCAACGACCUGAGGGUACAGUCAUCCAACGAUCCGAUAAUGACGGUCUCUGACCACUCAACAGUGUCCUUCAACAACCUCGGCCUAAGCCGCGUUGAGGCAGAUGCUUGCGUGAUCCAGACUGACGACACCAGCACGGUGACCAUUGACGCCGACGAAGACGAGCUUACCCUCGACGGCACCUGCUACGUCAGGGUGUAAAAGGGCGCUCCGAGAGCUCUCGAUCAGAGCUGAAAGCAUCCUAUCUUGUAAAGUAUGACACCAGAAAGGGUUGCUUCCCCCGUUGCUGAGAAUUUGGCUUUCAAAACGAAUGGUCACCAGAUAUCUACAUUAGUGUUGAGUGUGGUGUCUCACGUAGCCCGAUGAUGUGGUUGAAGUGUAGUUUUUUAUCUUGGGUUGAUAUUGACCCGUAAACGUCUUGCCACCAGGUGCGGUACUGCUAGCUGUUGGGUGGGGGUGUGCUAUCUUACGUCGUAUCCGUCGAGUAUGAAAGGAUGACAACAAGCUGGCCGUUUUGGAGUCAGGUGCAUCUAUCUUCGUUCACCUGCGCUUUUCUUGCGUAUCUUCAGACUGGAGCUUAGAACCCCCACCGCUGGCUUGCCAAGGGAGUUGUUCGAGAGAGACGAGCAUGAAGAGCCGUCCUUAAUACCCAGGAACCUCUCCGCUAAAUUUACGGUGCUGUCACUGGAUGGACACGUGGCCGGAGAUAGCUUGAGGGAAGAUCAUCGUUCGUGUGACAAUGAGUUUUUUUCUGUCAACAUUUAUGUGAGAUUUGACGGGCUGGUGCCGAAAUGACGGUUAUGGUUUUGUGCUGCGCUGAGCAUGAGUUUUUCCAUCGAACAUAGAGAGUUGAUGGGCUGGUGCCAACAGAAAGGUUAUGAUUUGUGCUGCACGAAGCAAUUGGUCGCUUCUCGUCGAUACGGCCGAUUGAUCCGUGUCCACGAAAGCCCGGCCAACAACGCGUGUGUUGUAUGUUGUGUUUCGUCCCAGCUGUUCUGGGCGACAGCUCUAAUGGAUUGUGAAAAUGUAUCGACGGACUGAGGUUUCUUCGACGGGCUCUUGAGUUUAUAUAUUGCAUGCCUCCUUUGUAGGAGAUGUCGCCGGCGACGUCUGACAGCAUGCAUCUGGGGCCAAAGUUUGUGUUUUUUGUGGUGGCGUUCUGCUACAGUAUAGAACAGGUCCGGAGCAGAGGCCAGAACCGGUAUUAGCGUGACACCAAAUCUAGACCGUCGUGUAAUGGGGCUCCACGGAGUAUUUCCAUGUGUAGUCUUGGAACCAAUCCCCUCGGUUCGAGAGGGAAAGUCUUCGGGAAGACUGAAAGGUGGAGCGAUAGAUUUGAAGGGAGACACAAGUAAAUGCCAGACCUCUGGAGCUUUUUUUUCGCGCUUUCAGGUCCGAGGGCGAUCAUGUCGAGGGCGAGCUUCUCAAACACGCUUCGCGUGGUCGAUUUAGAUGCGUCGGUCAGUGGUUGCAACUUUUUCUAAGGAGGUGCAUGUAUGUCUUCAGAAAACUGCAUGAUUGUAGUAGCAGGAAGUGAAACAUUUCUUUGCAAAGGUUGCUUGGUGUUGCUAUUAUCUUGAGGAACAUACUGAACGU